AAUCUUUGGGGAGUGGGCAGCUUCACCCCCCUGCGGACCUUCAGCUAAGGUGGAAGUGCUGUCCCAAAAUUUUCCACGGGUGUGGCACUGCUUGGGGACACUAUUGGCUCAUUUAGAGACGGGGGCUGAGCAAAUCCCUCCCGCCCAGGGCAGGACCUGGCUGCUGGGCUCUAGGCUCUAUUUCUGGGGGCGGGGAGGAAGCACAGCACGAAAAGCAAAGCGUUUUGUUUCAUCACCGCUCUUCAAAACCACGAUUGCAGCACAAUUUGUGGCAGCGGGGCAGACCUGGAGACAGCCCUGCCCCCUCUGCUGGGAUUCCAGCACCGCCUUCCAGCAGGAAAGGAGUCGAGAAGAGAGGAAAGGAACAGAGUCAGAAGGAAAGGAGCCGGGAGGAAUUGAACCGGGUGGCCGGAACCCCUUUCAGCCCUCAUCCAGCCCCAUCCCUGCGCUGUUCCCCCACCGCGCAGACCUAAAGGAUGAGUACACCCGAUGAGGAGCCGACCAAUCCAGCCCACACACUGUUUGAGCGCUUCGUACACGCCAGGCAGUGCCAGGAGGUACUGAGCUGCUUUGCGGAGCUGUGUCAUCAGCUGGGGCUGCAGGGCAAUGGGCUGCAGCUGUACCACAGCCUCAAGGCUGCCCUCAACUUUUGGAGUGCCAAGGCUCUGUGGAGCAAGCUGGAUAAGAAAGCAGGACACAAGGACUACGACCAGGGCACUGCCUGCGCCCACACCAAGUGUCUGGUGGUGGGUGCUGGUCCCUGUGGACUGCGCACUGCCAUCGAGCUGACGCUGCUUGGUGCCCGUGUGGUGCUGCUGGAGAAACGUGACUCCUUCUCCCGUAACAAUGUGCUGCACCUCUGGCCUUUCACCAUCCAUGAUCUGCGGGCACUGGGCGCCAAGAAGUUCUACGGGCGCUUCUGCACUGGCACACUGGACCACAUCAGUAUCCGGCAGCUGCAGCUCAUCCUGCUGAAGGUGGCCCUAUUGCUGGGUGUGGAGGUGCAUACCAAGGUUCAAUUUAAAGGCCUCCAGCCCCCCACAGGCAAAGCAACUUGGACAGGCCACUAUGAGUUUGAUGUCCUCAUCUCGGCUGGGGGAGGCAAGUUUGUCCCAGAAGGCUUCAAGAGGAAGGAGAUGCGGGGCAAGCUGGCCAUUGGCAUCACCGCCAACUUCAUCAACCGCUACAGCCGGGCAGAGGUGGAGGUAGCCGAGAUCAGCGGCGUGGCCCGGAUCUACAACCAGAAGUUCUUCCAAAACCUCUACAACAGAACAGGGAUUGAUUUGGAGAACAUCGUCUACUACAAGGAUGAUACGCACUACUUCGUCAUGACAGCCAAGAAGCAGAGCUUGCUGAAGAAGGGUGUCAUCCUGCAGGACAAAGCGGACAUUGAGAGCCUCCUGUCCCCAGACAACGUGAACUGGGAUGCACUGCUUAGCUAUGCCAAGGAGGCCGCCAACUUCUCCACCAACUACUGCCUGCCUGAGCUGGAGUUCGCCCUCAACCAUCGCAAUCAGCCAGACGUCGACAUGUUUGACUUCACCUGCAUGACACGCUCCGAGAAUGCAGCACUGGUGCGGGAGCACAACGGGGCACGCCUACUGCUGGGGCUGGUGGGCGACUGCCUGGUGGAGCCCUUCUGGCCUCUGGGCACUGGUGUGGCUCGGGGCUUCCUGGCCGCCUUUGAUGCGGCAUGGAUGGUGCGGCGGUGGGCAGCUGGGACACCUCCUCUGGAGGUGUUGGCAGAGAGGGAGAGCAUCUACCAGCGCCUGUCACAGACCUCUCCGGACAACACCAACAAGAACAUUGCACAGUACAGCAUCGACCCCACCACACGUUACCCCAACCUCAACCUGCAGGCUAUCAGACCCAGCCAGGUCCGGGACUUCUACCUCAUAGGCAAGGUGGAGGUGGACCACAAGAAGAAGAUUGACAACAGGCUCAGCACUGCUGUCUGCGGAGACACCUAUAAGGAGCUGCUGCGCUGGUGCCAGGAUAGCACGGAUGGGUAUCGUGGGGUGGAGGUGAUUGACUUCACGUCCUCCUGGACCAGUGGUUUGGCUCUCUGUGCCCUCAUCCAUCGAUUUCGUCCCCACUUGGUGGAUUUCAACGCCAUAGACCCACAGGACCCCAUACGCACCCACCAGCUGAUGCUGGAUGUGGCAGAGCAGGAGCUGGGCAUCCAGCCUAUCCUCUCCAGUGCUGAGAUGGCCACCAUGGCUGAGUCCAACCGCCUGGGGCUCAUCACCUACCUCAGCCAGUUCUACGAAGCAUUCAAGCCUCCUCCUCCAGGUGUGAAUCCAGCAUCAACAGAGCUCAGCAAGAAGCCGCUGUCCCCCUGUGGCACCAAAGGGGCCAUUCUCUUUCUCAGCAAGCUGCAGAAGAGCCGCAUCCUGACUCACAAGCGCACCCAGGCCAGUGUGCAGAAGGAUGCUGAGGGCAAGAAGAGCAAAAGGGACAGCACAGAGAUUGAUGCAGUGCCAUCUGGAGAUACUAUGGAUAAUGACCACGAUGCACAAUCUGCUGCCACCAUGGACCCCGCACAGACAUCGGUUCGCCCAGAGAGCAGUGAUGCCUGCUACUUCUGUGCACGCCGCGUCUACAUCCUGGAACGGGCCAGCGCCGAGGGACUCUUCUUCCACCGCAGCUGCUUCCAGUGCUGGCGCUGUGGGGCCACGCUGCGCCUAGGAGACUACGCCUUCAACGAGGAGGACGGUCACUUCUAUUGCUCACUUCACUUCCCCGACACCCUUAGCAUGGAGCUGCUCCCGAACAAACCUUCCAUGCUGCCUGAUGGGGAUGCUGUCACUGACGAUGUGCUCUCAGAUGCUGGGAGCCCCUGUGCAUCCCCUGAGCAGGAGGAGCCCGGACCCCCACCCACUUCCCCACAGCCAUCCGGGAAGCCCAAGGUAGAGGAGGGUGUGGGCACUGGUGAAGUGAAGGAUGCUACGGGCACUGGUGAGAUACUGGAGCAGGAGCUGCUGGGUUUGGGGAUGGAGGAUACAAUGGAGGAGGAUGAGAAGAGGGAAGGUCCCAGCACAGAGCCUCAUAAGGCAGUGGAGGAUGCUGAAGAGAGUGGUGGCAGGAGGAAGAUCAUCCUCUCAGACCUGGAGAAGCUCCAUCUCUCCUCACUGAGCCUCAUGGGCGACACAGAGGCUGAGCCUCCCCCCAAGCCAGCACGGCUGCGGCUGCAGGCACCGCUUGAGGCCAUGCUAGGUGUGCAGGCAGAGGUGGCCUGGGAGGAGAAGGAAGAGGAGGAAGAAGAAGCAGCCAUGGAAGAAGAUCUGGAGGAGAGUGACAGUGAGGAAGAGGAGGAGGAGGAAGGCUCGGACCUGGGCAUCAUGGGAGAGUUGAACCUGAUAGUGGGGAGCACAGAGAAGUACCCCACCUGGAAACGCACGCUGGACCGCCGUGCACGGGAGGCACAGAUGAAGCGGUUCUGCAAAGCCCAGGCCAUCCAGCGGCGGCUGGAGGAGAUCGAGGUGACAUUCCGAGAGCUGGAGCAGCAGGGUAUCAAGCUGGAGAAGUUCCUUCGGGAGGACACUGACAGCCCAGCUGACCAGAAGACGCAGUGGAUGAACCAGUUGCUGUACCUGGUGCAGAAAAAGAACAGCCUGAUGUUAGAGGAGUCGGACCUCAUGAUCACGGUGCAGGAGCUGAAGCUGGAGGAGCAGCAGUGGCAGCUGGACCAGGAGCUGCGAUGGUACAUAGAGAAAGAAGAAGCCCUGAAGACCCCUGAGGACCGUGCAGCUGAGCAACAGAUCCUGGCUCAGCUGCUGAAGGUGGUGGACAAGCGCAACGCACUCAUCCACAUGCAGGAGGAGAAGCGGCUCAGUGAGCUGCAUCCCUGAAGGAUUCUCAUUUGGGGGGGGGGAGUUCUAGCAGUGCCCCUUCCCAGGCUAAGCAUCACCCCAAGCUGCUUUGCAGGCAACUGCCAUGGCGAAGCUGGGUCCCCACUUGCUAUGGAGGGGGUGACAGCAAGGAGCAUCCCCGUUCUGCAGCACAGAAGAAGUGCCCCCAACAUCCAGCUUAAUUUUGCCUUGGCCUUGUGCUUGCUUGAAAAUGAGAUUUGCAGGGCACGUGAAAUACAUGGGCUGCAUGGCUCUGCCCAGGAUUUGUCAGAGGAGGAAAAAUCCCCAUAGGGGAACUGGAGUCUCUCUCGCUGCAAGAGAUGCCACAGCUGUGACCCCUUCAAGGCAGAUGCUGCCACAAGACAGAACUGGAGGCAUCGAAAGCUUUUGGUCCCGCAAAACCCCUCGUGCUCAAGCUGCUCCACUGCCUUCCUCAGAACAGUGCCUCGGUCCCAGUGUGUGACGGCUCCAUGCCCACUAGACCCCAAGGGCCCAUGACCACCAUGGGCCCAUGGCAGCUUCAUACCAGAUGGGGUGGGGCAGCAGCAGGAGCAGCACCUGGAAGCCACUCUGGGACAUCCAUCCCAAUCAAGAACAUCCAUCCCAGCUGGGGACACCCACCCUAAUCAAGGACAUCCAUCCUAGAUGGGAACAUCCACCCAACCCCUGACAUCUGGCUUUACAAAUGGGGCCACCAAUGGCCAGACUAGACUGAGCCCGUAGCUCUGGAUCUGUCCCGAUCCACCGCAGGAUACAAGGGUCAAAAACUCCUGUGCAAUGUGAUAUGGGAGGAGGAUGUUUACCCAGCAGCUCUCCUAGUGGAUUUUGCCCACAGCUAGCACUAUCUGUGACAUAGGACAAAGGGCACUGGUGGCCACAUCCUCCUUGGCCCUUUCGGGCUUCUCCAAUUCCAGUGCCUUUGCAUGGACCUUUAAAGAGUUUCCGGUUGCUGCAGAGCUGUUCUCCACAGUGAUGUGGUGCUUACAGUAUGGGAGUCCUGGGUGUGGGAUGCUCUGCACCUCCCACUCUGCUGCAAUCCCCUGCCUUGGAAUAAAACCUCCUUGACAUGA